AUGAUUUUGUACCUUUGCACAGUCAUCUCGGCUUCUGACCUUGGUGGAGUGAUGGUCUCUGGGCUCUUCCGUCCCUUCGUCGAAGUCUACCUCUUUGGACCACUUUUAGCAGACCGCAAGCGCCGUUUUACUACGAAAUCCAAAUCGGGCACAAUUUCACCGCUUUUCAACGAAACUUUUGUCUACUAUCUUUCAAGCCGCAGCGAUCCAGAGUGGUAUGAGUUGCAGUUCGUGGUGAAGGACUAUUGCUUUGGUCGCAGUGAUCGCCUUGUGGCGAGCAGUCUAUUGACACUCUCGCAGGCGCUUGAUCUGGGUGGAUCAGCCCCGGUACGACUGCCACUAACACGAAGACAGGCGCAGUCGGAGGCAGGCUGGACGGUGCUUCGCAUUCUCUCGCAACGACUUGCCACUGACGAAGUUGCUCGAGAGUUUGUUCGCGUCAAGACGGAAUGUUGUUCUGCGGCCGGAACCACCGCCGUCGCUCAGGCAGAGUAA